UUUGACAAUUGACAUUUCAAAUGUAUUUUUCGAGCAGUGUUGUGUAACAUUUUUCAAAAAUAAUUAAUUAAAUAAAAAUGCUGUCCUACAAAUACUACGACACGCCUGAAGGGCACGAUGUAUUCAAGAAAACAGUAGUGACAGGCAAAUAUGCUGCGCUAGCCGGGUUGGGUGUCGGAACAUUAGACGUUCUCAUGCACUCCCAUCCAAAGGGGUUCUUUAACACUGGAUUUCGUUACGCGUUCUUCAUUGGGCCUCUAGUAGGUAUGGCUACAGCUUUCACAGUGACUGCCAACUAUGCUCAGAACGUAAGAGGGAAGAACGAUAAGAUUAACUACUUCUUGGGCGGUGUUGCGGCUGGUGCGGUAGUGGGCGCCUGGCAAAGGUCUGUCACCGUCGGAGUCCCGGCAGCAGUGGUUCUCGGAGUCGUGGGCAUCGCUAUGAAGAUGAGCGUUGACGAAAACUGGUGUCUCUUCCCAGGAUUCACACCAGCUACUAAAUCUAUCAUGUCAGUGAAACAUGAUUGGAGCUUGGUGAAGGAUAUAGACGAGCUGAAGACCUGGACGAAGGGUAACUAGUCUCUCACCACCAAGGAAUAUAGGACAGAAUAGCAUGUAAAUACAAUAAACAUUAAUUUAAUAAGUGUAAUUACACUACCAUAAAAUAAAUGGAUGUGAACACCACCAAAUAUUA